AUGAUAGUAAGAAUACCGUUCCGGGCCAAGCCAUUGCGCUCUGCUUGCUGUGAUGGCCAGGCGCAGAGAUGGGCAUCAUACUACGAGUCUUCCCUCACGAAAGACGCAUUGAAGCAGAAGGUCGAAUCGGGCCUUGCCGGCGGCAACGGCGACGCGAAUAUGUCUCUAGAUACGGAGAAAAAGACCAUAUCAACGGCCACGGGCGAUUUGCCAAUCUCUCCCCUCUUCGACCCCGACUGGAUGAAGGCGCGCCGACGGUCAAGAAAGCAAAAUCCAAGCAGGCCCAUGGGUAGAUUCCGGAAGAAGUUGGCCAACAAUCCGUAUACUCAAGCGCUCGCAACUCCUAUUCGCCGAUGCCCCAAUACCGCGAUAUGCCUACCGAGGUACUUCCUGCAAGACUUCGAACUCGUCAAGCACCCGAAGGACGACUCCCCGUGGUGGGCGCCAGGUCCUCUGGCCUUUGAAAACCUGAUAGACGAAAGCCAACCUCGAAAAGAUGAACCGCGGGACGCAGGCUUGGAUGUAGAAAAGUCACAGACAAAAACAUCAGGUCCCGAUGCUCACGCCCCCACCACCAAUUCAAGCAGACGUACAGGACGAAGUCCGAUUACUAGCUAUGCCUUGGCUCGAAAAUCAGUCAUAGACAGGAUCGGAGGCCCAAGUCAAAGGCAUGCGGCCCAACUCCUAGCUACGCGCACCGGUUUGGCCUUGGCACCGAACAUCAAAAGCCCAGUCUGGAGGCAAGACAUGGGCGACGUUCUUUUGCGAAUGAUGCGACGCCAGGCAGUUGAUGCCCUAGUCUUUCAAUCGGGGAUGGAGGGGUCAAGGCGGGAAAAAGUGCUCCAGCCUUGCGAGGAGUGGGAUCAAGUCAAAGAGGUCAAGCCUAGCGGAUGUGUGCUGUGGUUACCCAGUAAAGAGGAGUCGUGUCCUCGGUACGCGACGCUCGACAUCGACGGGGCCAAGUAUGGAUGCAAACUUGUGGUGCAUGAUUUGCACAGGCUCUUUGGAGAGGCUGAACUCGAAAGACUGACAGCUGCGCUUGGUACGGCGGCUGAGGCCCCAAGAACGAUGAUGUUUGACCACUCGGAGAUGAUGCUGAUGAUGCACCGUGGUCUGCGGCCAUGGACGGAGAUCCGCAAGGCCGCGGGCGCCGACUCACUCGUCAGCUCGACCAUCCUGGACAUUGCCAUGAACCAACCCCCAACGCUGCCUCGGAGCCUCGUCGCAGUACAGUACCAAGCAAAGAGGUCCGGGGCGAGCGAGCGAUUCGAGCGAGGAACACAUCUGCAAUCGUCUCCGGCGGAACAAGCAAGCUCCUUGCCAAGAUUUGACGCGCAGAUGCAGUCCGGACACGGCGCAGAGCUUAUCCAACAGGAGAGGAAGCCAUACAAAAACGGAAAACCAGCGACUCCCAUCUUCCUGAUUCACGAUGGCGGUGGAACUACAUUCGCAUACCACUGCUUGGACUCGAUCAACAGGUACAUCUACGGCAUUGGCAACCCAUACUUUGACAACCCCGAGGCGUUUGAGGGAAAUCUCGCACAUCUUGGACAAGUGUAUGUCGCAUGGAUCCGAAGGGCAGUGACAAGGCCAGACUUCCCCGUCCGGAGAGCAGGGAAUGGGCGUGUCCAGAUCUACUUGGGCGGAUGGAGUCUGGGCGGCCUGCUGGGCUUUGAAGUCGCCAGGCGCCUCGUCGACGACGACGACAUCAAAGUUGUGGGUAUUCUCAUGAUUGACACCAUAUACCCCGGUGGCUUCAGGUGGACUGCAACGACCGAUCCUGCCAGCCAAGUGCCGGAGACGGGCCUUGCAAGGACCGAGAUGCUGUCGAGGAGGUGCAUGGUGCAGGCGAGGCGUAUGGUUGGCGGGUGGAAGAUGCCCGUCUGGGAUGGAGACGAUGCGGAUACGCGGCCGAAGAGCGUGCUCGUGAGAGCCAAAGGGUGCCUGCCGACGGCGGCGGGUGGACUUGGAGUUCAUGAACUGGAUAUAUACCGUGGAGAUGAGAAGCUGGGAUGGGGCAAGUAUGACAGGAACAUGUUUGCUCAGGUGUUUGCCGUCGACGGGCACCAUUUCGACCUGUUUAGCUUCGGCAGGGUCGCGGAGACGACCAGGGUUGUGACACGGGCAUUGGAGCGACUGGACAAGGAGCUUGUCUCCAAAUCCGUCACCAGCGACCCUACAUCGUUUGCCCACGACUCUGUGCGGAACCGCUGGCCGGUCAUCCUGACGGGAGCUGUUGACGACGUUCACCGCACGGUCGCCGAGACUGACGACGCCGAGAAGCAGGCCGAGGGCAAGAAAAUUAUCGAGCAACUCGGCAACCUUAAAUACGAAGUUUUGCACGACAGAAAGCUCACUCCCAUCGUCGACGAUGGCUACCCUGAGGAGAUUGCUCGCUACAACAAGGAGAUUGAGCAGCUGGGCAACCCUACAUGGUUGCACGUCCCUUGGCUCUUCUCCGAAUGCUACAUGUACAGACGCAUUAGCACCUUCUUCAGUGUCACCAAGCACUGGAAGAACUACGACAUCUUCGCCCGCCAGAAGAUGGACACUUUCCGCACUUCUCGGAACGCUGUUGUUGAGCUAGCUUCCCGAUACAAGGAGUUUGUCACUGAGCUUCGCGGCAACACGGAUGCCACCCACAAUGAGGAUGCCGAGAAGCUGCUCUUUACCGAAAUGUUUGAGAUUUGCCUCUGGGGUAACGCCACCGACCUGUCACUGCUCACCAACCUCACCUACGAGGACAUCCAGAAGCUCCAGGGAAGCCAGGCUCGUAAGGCGGCAGAGAAGAACAUUUUGAUCAACGACCUCCCCGAUGCUUACGCCAUUCUCAAAAAGGCCCGCGAUGAUGGCAAAAAGGAGCGCCGUGUUGAUUUUGUUCUCGACAACUCCGGGUUCGAGCUGUACGUUGACCUCGUCUUGGCCGGCUUCCUCCUCACCUCCGGCUUGGCUACCCAGAUUGUUCUUCGUCCCAAGUCAAUUCCCUGGUUUGUCUCUGACGUCCUGCCCGGCGACUUCCCACUGCUGCUCAACGCGAUUUCCAACCCCAAGAAGUUCUUCGAGGCCCAGUCCGACGAGGAGAAGCUUCAAGACAAAACCCCGGCCCCAUUGGCUGACAAGGAGGCCGAGGACCUCCUGUAUGUCUUUCAGGAGUGGGCCAACCUCCACGCCGAGGGCCAGCUCAUUUUGCGCCCCAACCGCUACUGGACCGCCGGUGGCAGCUUUUGGCGUCUGCCUGCGGAGGCUCCUGAGCUUCACGAGGACUUGAAGGGUGCUGAGCUCACCAUCUUCAAGGGCGACCUGAACUACCGGAAGCUCACUGGUGAUGCUCAAUGGGACCCGACCACUCCGUGGACCACGGCCCUCGGCCCCAUGGGCCCUGGAUCCGGCGUCAACGUCCUUUCUCUGCGAACCUGCAAGGCUGACGUUGUUGUCGGCCUUCCGGCUGGCAAAGACCAGGAGUUGAGGGCCACAGAAGGCGGCGGCAGCGACACCGGUGCCAGGCGAUGGGCCUGGCAUGGAAAGUGGGCCGUUGUCUGCCUCUCAAAAGGCUCAUAG